AGCCUCUGAGUUCCCAGCCUUUCCUUGCCACAAUGACCGGAUCCUGGCUGUGUUUGCCGCUGCUCCUCGUGGGAGCCCUGCUCCUGGGGCAGCCGGUGUGGGGGCAAGAAGAAGAAGAAGAGCAGCCCUCCUGGGGAGAUGAGCCUGUCCCAGAGGAGCCUGAGGAGCAGAUGGAGCCGACUUCAUAUGAAGAACGGGAGGCAAUGGAAGAACACUGGGUGCCAACUUCAUCCGAAGAACGGGAGGCAAUGGAAAGCUUUCAAGAAGGAGAACCGUUGGAUUUGGGGUCCUGGGCUGUGGACUAUUUUAACAAGCUUCCAUAUUAUGAUGGUAUUUACAGGAGCGUGGAGGCCAAACCUCCAACAUUCAAGGUAAAGGAAACAGGCACCCCAAGGGCUCCCGGGUGGUGGAAUGUCCCCCAUUUGGAGCACCCUCUCUCUUUUGCCCCCAAGCAGACACCCAAAAGCCAUCCGACCACCAUAGCGGUGUUUGAGGGCAGGGAUAACAGCCACUCAGCACUGCUCCCCUCCCCUUGUGGUUCUGGAGCAUAUCCCCCCCCCCUUUGUAAGUUGUCCACAAGAUGACAUGGAAGUGGGUGCGUGAAGAUUUGGAAGAAUAAGAAUAAGGUUCCUAGUCCUUGUGAUGGUAAAGAAGAAGAAGGCAGUCUUAGUGUGUGCUUUGCCAUGUAUUGUGGGGCUUUUACAGGCAAGGACUUCCCCCUAGCUGGCUCCCUUCUUCUGCCCUGACAACUGUGUUUUCUUUUCUUCUGUCCUUCUUAUGCUUGUCCAAAUACCAAUUACUUCCAUCAGUUAAUAGCCUAUAGCAGAGGUUUUCAAACAUUUUGAGUCCAGGGCUCCCUUGAAAAGUUACAUUCUUUCUGCGGCUCCCCUGUGGGGCUCAGGAGCCCAGUUCUGUCACCCCUUGCCUGCAGAGCCUGCAGCCCCUCAUCCCUUUUUGAACACCCUUCCAUGUGGAGUGUUCCUUCAGCCUCCUCUCCUUUCCCCUCUCCUUGGGAGUCCUCUGAGCAGCUACUGCCCCCGUCUCUGAACUGCCACUUCCUCCCCCUGCCACCCCAAAGAGAGGUACUUGCUCAAGCCUCCCCACAGGGGCCUGGGAAGAGGAAUGCCGCCCCCCCACUUUAGCAGCCUGACAGAGACUGGCCAAAGGUGAAUGUGAGGCCAGCACCUUGCUCAGCUUGGGAGACAGCAGUUGCAGCAGUGGGCCUGCAUGGUGGAAAGGCUCUCCUUCGGUUCCCAGGCAGGCAUUGCACACAACAAGCCAGCCUGCCCGGCCUCCCACUUAUAUGUCCAUUCCCAGCAGCAAGGGCUGACAGACUGGCUGGCUGGGCUCCCUCACCCGCUGGAUUGCUUACUCUGAUGCCACCUCAGCUCCUGGCAACCAGCACCCCCUGGCCAGCGCCAGAGGCGCCAUUCGCCUGGGAAGCUUGUAGCCAGGGCUGCUGCAGCAAACAGCUGUGCAAGCCUUUGGGAGGCAGAGACGCAAGAGGGCAUCAGAGGGAGGGAGGGAGGGAAAGAAAGAGGGACAGAGGCCAGUGUUGCCCGCGGCACCCCUGACCGUCAUUCAAGGCACCCCACUGAAAACCACUGCCCUCAAUUCCAUGGUUUGGAUUUAUGGCUGCACAAUGCUGGCACCUCAGGUGGACAAAAUGGUGCCUCCUUUACCACCAGGGAAAAAGGGGUGGGGGAAGAUCUACAUGAGGGGAAAAGUGGGGGGGGGGAGAGAAAGAGAAACAUCGGGCUCUGCUGGUCCUGUGGAACCUGCUGGCUGAGGCAAUCGCCUCACCUUGCCUCAUGGGUGGGCAAGCCCUGUUGCAAUGGCUGUAGAAUUCUGGGGUUGCAUGAGAACUAAGAGCAAAAAUGUCCUCUCUCUUCUGCCAGCUGGUGCUGGAGAAGAAAAAAUGGGGGGGGGGGAGCCAGAGAUCGCAUGAAGGGAGGGGUGUGUGCAAAGUGCUUAAUUUCAAAGAAGAAAGGGGGGUGGGAGAGAUUUCACCCUCACAUCUCUGAAUUUGCCCUAUAAGCCAAACAUUGUAAGGGCUGGGUGUGGUUCCCUAAUAGCCAUGAAAAGGCACUCUGCACAUGCUUUGACACCCUUUCUCACACCUUUCACACUUAGGGCAGAUCUGCACCAUACAUACAAUGCACAUUCGAUAAACAUUUAAAGCACAUGGCUCUCCCCCCCCAAAAAAAUCCUGGGAACUGUAGCUUGUUAAGUCUAUUGGGAACUGCAGCUAGUUGUGGCACCAAGGAAACAAAUGCAGUAGUUAGGCAGGCACAGAGGGGUAAAGUAUAUUUCUAGGUGGGUGAGUUGCAUCCCACACAUCAAUAUCUCUCAAAGAAAAAUAGCAAUAUGUGGUGAUAACAGAGUCCAGCCAUGGGGCAGGGAAUAAAGGGGGUGGGCUCUUUGGGGUGGGCACUUGCCCCUCUGUCCCUCCCCCUUUGGUGUCUGUAACUAUGAUGGGGGGGGUCACCAGGCUUAAAUGUGCUUUAACUGAACAGUGUAGACAUUUGAAAGCUUGAGCCUUGACCCUGAAAUCAGAUUUCAGGGCUGAAAUUAAGCGCUGACUUGAUGCAAAACCCUUAUUCCCUGAAAAAUUGCCUCUGGGGACACACAUGCACAAUGCCAGGCCAGGAGCUGGUUGGCAGCACAGAAGCUGUGAGCUUCUUAUUCUCUGCUUCCAGGAUGCCAUUGGAACAAUGGUGCACAUGAAGAUGUUACUGGCGAAGACCGACUGCAGAAAGGAGGACCUGAGGGAGCGUCGUGACAUGAUGGAACAUUUAAUGCAUUUUAUGCCCUCUUCAAAGAAGGAGCCAUUGCCGGAGCUGAAAGGUUGCAACCUGCCACCUCCAGACGAACAGGAGGUGAGCUAACAGCGUCCAUUUAGUCACAGCAUCAUAGCAUUGUAAGGUUGGAAGGGACACCCCAAAGGACAUCUAGGGCAAACCCCUGCAGAAUAGAAUUUUAUGAUUACGGUCACAGGCCAGUUCCGGCUCACUUACAAUAGUGGGAAAAUCAUAAAACGCAACAGGAAUACAUUGAAUUGCAAUUGGGUAUAACAGACAAUUCAGAUAUAGCGGCAGUUAAAAAAAUAUAUUAAAUCUUGAUCACUAAAAUAUAACCUAAAAUUAUCAUUUAAAACCUUAAUCAUUUGGGUAGUACAGCUUGUCCCCUAAGUUUUAUGGCAGUCACACAGAAUUUGGCCACCCUUAGCGUGAUCUCUAGAUCCUUGUCCUCUACCAGGAGUUUUAGACAUUGAAGUUCAGACCCAUUUGGAGAUUUUUGUGUAACAGGAGUGAUAAAUACCGAGCGUAUAUCCCCGUAGAAACGGCAGCGUAACAAGACGUGAGAGACAGUUUCUACCUCCAUCAAGCCGCAGGGGCAGACUCGUUCCAUGUAUGGUUUACUCUCGAAUCUGCCCUGCAAUAAGGCAGAUGGCAGCACGUUGAAUCUAUGGAUGCCCAUAUGGAGGGCGAGAGAGAGCAGCAAUCCGUACGGUCGCCGUGCGAGCAGCGCCCAUACUGACAGGGCACAAGUCGCUCUACACCUGGGGGGCAGGGGCCAUCUUGUCAACCCGCCCCCACCCGAGUGUAACCUGGGGCGGACCGCCCCCUCCGCCCCCCAUUUUGUACGCCCCUGAAGGGAAUGGCAGUGUGGGGGGUGGGGACCCCUUGCUGUAGGCGGAGGAGAGAGAAAGGUGGAAAACCUUGCCAGCUACAGCCGAUUCUGCCAAGGCAGGAUGGGGGAGAGCAAGGCGGCUUGGCAGUGUGGUGUAGUAACUCACGACUCACUUCUGCUGUUGAGAUAAGGGAGGCGAGGCCAGACUGCAGGGUUGGAAACAGUGGACUGGGGAGAAUCAAAGGAGGCCAGAGCAAAAUCAGUAAGACAGGAGUGUCAAACAGCAGUUAUGUAGCAGGAGAAGCAGACAGUCCACUACAAAUUGACACUGAAAGUGUAAAUGCUUUUUGGGGUGUAGGGCAGCUGUCUGGUGGCACCCCAAGAGAUGGUCACGAGACCCAAAUUAUUGUUCCAGAUAGUGCCGCAUGGUUUCUAGGUUUUUGAGGGAAACGUUUGCAUCACUGAGAGAGGGCUUUCCAUAGUACUGUGCUGUCUUUAUUAUUUUUACUUUAACCAAUUCAGUUUUUCUUUUCAUUCUGUUGAAUUCCAUUAGAGUUCAAUAACUUUUCAAUGGCCUUUUUAUAUGUUUUUAGCUUUUUUGUAUUUUAUCUGCAUUGUUUAAAGCUAUCUGAACGAUGAAGCAAUACAUAAUAAUGAAGAAAACUGAUUGAAAGGCGGGCUUUGUUUUUACAUUUCUGGAAUGACAAAGUAAAUGAUAUUUUUAAAUUUUAUUUAUGGUACUACAGAGUUUUUGUUAUGUUCUGUGGGUGUCCUCCCCCCCUUCAUUUGUCAUUUUCUUUUUUCCUCCUUUCCCCUCCUCUUCCCCCUCCCCUCAUUUUUUUCAUUUUCUGCAUGAGAAGCAAGGGUGUUAGAUGUACAAUGGCUUUGGCUACAUUCUGUUUGAAUAUAUAAUAUUAUCUCUAAGCGCCUUGAGUCCUGUCAGAGGAAAAGACAGAGUAUAAAUAUGCAAUAAAAAUAAUACAAUUUUAAAAACAAAACAAAACACCCAGUUUAAAACAACUUAGCAUCACAGAAAUAAUGUGGGUGCUGAACAUAUAACAUACUCCUCAAAAACCAGAACAAAGAGGUGAGGCUCAGCUAUACAGCUGCAAAUAUAACGUUUUAAGUGUGUUUUAGGUGCAUUAUACAAAUGUGGUACUAGAUGGUGCUAGUGAGCUAAUGGCAAACGCCAUAUAUUUUUUAAACAUUUUUUUUUUAAAAAAGGAUUUGCACAGUGUUUUACAAAUAUGUCUUGAUUCAGCCAUGCUCUUCCAUUGAAAAAAGGUUCUUUCUUAAUGAGAGCGGAUCUGCUCAUGAGGCAGAAAGUUGAAGGCAGGAUCCAACCCUGCUCUUACUCAAGGCCUCCACAGAAUCCACUGGGAAACUUUCAAUUUUCUAUUAAGGAGAACUGCUGUGGCCAGUUUUUCAUCGUCAUAUUUGAUGGCAUGGACAAACGCCCACAUUUCUAACUUGUUUCUUUCAUCUUCCCCCCUCUCCACCCCCACGCCUGCCGCACUUGUUCACAGAAUCUGAACUGCAACUUCAGAAUAUAUAUGGAUGCAAGAGAAGGCUCGAUAUCUGUGGUUCACCACAAAUGCAAACCGCUGCGUGUUCGAGAGUUGUGGUGAAGACCCUGCCUAACCCCUGGAUGCUGCCGCCAGUCAACUGCGGUGGGGGCAGGAGGAGGAGAAGCCCCCACCUUGGUCUGUUCCUCUUCCUCCACAGCUGCAAAAUAAUCACGUAGAUGCAAGCCUAGAAACUCUCCCACUAAAAGGGGGUGUCUGAAUCCACUGUGCCCCCUCCUCAUCCUAGACACUCUGGUCGCUCUCCAUCUCUGUCUCUUUUCGUUCCGAAAUAGGGGUAAUAAAAUUAACUCGCACAAGCAUUGCCAUGAAGUU